AAUUCUGCAGAUUAGCACCUACUUUUCAGAUUUCUCGACACACCCCAGUGGAUUCGGAAAAAAACAGAAGGCAUGAAUUCUUUAUAAAUGAAACCAAACCAAUGAGCAGUCUGUCAGCAACUAAUGUCUUUCAGAGUGAAAUAGCAAAAACAAAACUUGGCAUACUGGAAACCACAGAAACAUGCUAUGAAAAACUGGACCAAAAGGUUGUUGAGGGUUCUCAAUUCUGUAAAACCAUUUCAUUGUGCAAAACAACCUAUAAUAGUGUAAACAGAGAAAGCAGAAGUAAAAACAGCUUGAUUAAACAGACACAAGAUGAAUCGUGUAAUGUACAGUCAUGGCACACUGUCAGAGAUGAAACAAUGCAUAAUCUGCUUUCACCUCCACCAAGUGAAACACAAAUGUGUCCCAUUAAUUCUUCUGUGACUAGAUUAAACCAAAGCAAAACAGCUUUCACAGAAAAACCAACUUCACUGUCUUUGCCUCAUGCAAACAUCUUCAGUUCUCCUGAAGCUUUUUGCGACAAAUUAGACAACGUGAAGAAAAAACAUUAUUUGUCUCAGUUCAAGCAAUACAGAGCGUCAACCUGCAGUCCGUAUGUUGGAUGUGAAUUAGCAGAAAAAUCAAGACAAACCAUUGACCAAGAACUUCUAAAGUGCUCGGAAAAAUGCCCUUUUCUUGAACUGCAGUUACCACUUGAAUUUUCAUUACAGCUUGUAGAGUUGUUUGGGUCGCCUGGUAUUGAUCCUGGCCUUCUACGUGCUGAAGACUGUAAAGUUCAUUUAGACGAGCAAACAGCAAAAAUGAUACAUUCACAGUGGAAGAAGUCAGUGGAGAAAAGGCUAAAACAAAUUUCAUCAAUGGAUCCAAACACCUUCAAAGAGGGUGGCAUGAAAGAUAGAAGUCGAGACAAUCAUCGGGAAUCUAAUCAUGAAACUGAAGAAAAUUCUCCAGAUGUGUUGGAUCCAUACCUUAAUAGAAACCUGAGUGUUAAAGACCUGGAGCUAACAGCUGAUGGUGAAUUAGUUGUCCUUUCACCUGAUGUGCAGUUUCAUAUUACUGAAAAAGCAGUCAUGAUGUGAAGAGACUAUCUUGGAAG